AUGUCUUCUUGCCAGACACCAGUUAACGUCUCCGCGAGUGGCCAAAGUGAAAACCAUGAGGCUAUAAUUAAUUGGGUGUUAGCUACAAUAUCGUGGACUGUCGCUCCCCUUGCUAUACUUUUGAAUGCGUUGGUAAUUAUAGCCGUGACACAAAGGAAAGAGCUUCAGAAACACUCCAAUAUUCUGUUAUCAAGCAUUGCGCUGUCGGACAUGUUAACAGGCAUUGCAUCUAUACCCGCCGUGACUACCAAAACACUAAUUGCCCACCAAAGCUCUUCUGAGCUUAUAUGUGCAAUAAACAGAGAAGCUAUGAACUUAGAAGGUAUCUUUGUUACCUGCUCCCUGUACAACCUAACCGUGGUUGCUUGGGAAAGGUUUGUGGCCGUGAGGAAAUGGAUGGACUACAAGGUAAUUGUGACCAAACGUCGUCUUUUCAAGAUAUCAAUAAUCGCUUGGUUGUCGGCGAUUCUCACUCGACUCCCUCUUUACAUUACAGUUGUAACCAGUGCGGACACUAAGGUGAAAUACAUCUGCACUACGAUUUUAAAUGUCUGUGUAAUCGCGAACGUUGCUACCAUCGUUUAUUUCUAUGCCAUGAUUUACCACGGAGUGCGUAACCACCGGACAAGUAAUUUAAAGAACGUUAACGCUUUAGCACAAGCAAGACUAGAAUCCAGGGUGGCGAAGACGACUGCAUUGAUAACAGCUGCCCUUCUAUUGACGAUUGCUGUCAGUGGAAUUCUUGUUAUGACUAUGAGAUUAAAAUUUCCGACCUCACGUCCCACUUUAAGUAUCGAAAUCUCACGGACACUACUUCGACUAAACUCUGUCUUUAAUCCUGUCCUUUACUGCUUUAAAGACCUUCGUUUCCGGAAGGCGGUUCUUGAGCUUAUAAAAAUAAUAAAAACAUAG